UUCGCCUCAAUGCAAAACUUUACGACAUACAGCUAUCCACACUGACAGGAAUAUGAAUGGGUACGUAUCUACAUGGAUCAACAGUAAAUUCGUUUCCGCACCACUAAGUGGUGCCCGGACCAAGACUUCGAGUCUUCACAGAAUUCGAAAUGUCGUAUCUCCGCCCGAAGAUACCUCGUCUUUGUCGACAAGGUUUAUUUCCGCAGAUCGUUCUUGGGACAAUUUCCAUCCUUCUAACCUCGAUGAGUAAAAAUUCCAGUUAUUUCGUAGCGGCGUGCUUCGAGGGCGAGGAGGUGGUAGCGCAGUGGCCUGACGACGAAACCCGGUAUCUCGAUGCAGUUGUCAUGAAGGACUUGUAUCCAGAAGACAAAACCAUGCGGUUGCAAGUCCUGUGGGACUUUUCCAGGACUACUUGUCACAAGCCGGGUCGCGAGGAGUUCUGCAAGAUACCGUAUCGACAGGUAAUAUGUGAAAAUCUGUGUACAGUGGCAGCAAGUACUGAUUUCAGGUUCAGUCAAAUAGGAGGCGAGGAGGUUUGUCCUUGUCGGAAGAAAAAAUGCUGUAACAUUCAUAAAAAUGUCAAUAAAAGUAUAGUACAAAUCAACAGGUGCGUCGCCGCGGCGGGUUAGCCGGUGGCUUCACGUGCUUCGACGAGAUUUACGCCGACAAUGAGGUAAAGGAAACCAUUGCCAACGCCAUCAUUCCGCGCGAGUCCCCGGACCCCAUCGCGCUCCGUCGACCCUACCAGGGCGAUGAUCCAUCUGGAAGUGAUCGGUCGGAUUCCGUGGAUGUGGUCGGCAUUGUAGUCGCGAUUAUCGUUUCCGCGAGCGUGCUCCUCCUCUGCAUGGGGUACGCGAUGUGGUACACUUCAACGAAAUACGAUCUGUUUCGCAGCCAAGUGGUCCCCGACCCCAGUCACUGGGCUGCGGAGUACGAUAUUCCGGACUUCAAGCAGUUCAUGGAAUCGCGGCCGCCCCCGAAACUGCAGAAGCGACAGCCCAUCAGCGACGUGGCCCGCGCGUACCUGCCCGCGCAGAAGAAGCCGGCCCCCCCGAAACGCCCAAAACUGUUCGGCAACGAGGAGACGCGGCUGGCGGACGAGCGGCUGCGCCAGAUUUCGCGGGUGCAUUUCUUCGGCGCCGGGCAGAACGGAGGGGCGGAUUUUGUGCGGUAUCCGAAGUCCACGCCUGCCUUCGCGGCCCGGGACAUGGAAGUGAAGUCGCGCGUCCACGGGACUUCGGCGUACGCGCGGCGCACGGUUGUGCGGGAGCGCGGAGUGCAUAUUCCAGACGCAGAUUACUACUCGACGCCCGAGGGGCGAAGAAUGCGGCAGAUCUCGGUCAAACGAGCGACGGAAAUCGCGCCGCCCGCACGCAGCGGGUCCGCGCCGGCGAGCCGCAGCCGGGAUGCGAUGGCGAGUUUCGACACGACGGACCGCGAUGAAGAGUGUUUCCGCCCGGCGCUACAGACGCUGGUCGCGGGGAUCGGCGCGAAGAAAUACACCAAGGCAACGCGGUAUGGCCAGCGAAACACCGUGUUGGAUCCCACCGGGUUCUCCGACGCGUUUUUGACGGCCGGUCCGCCCGGGCCGGAUGAGUUUUAAGGGAGAAGAGCGUAAUUGUUCGUCUAGAUGAAUGCAGUUGGUGCUCAAUUUCUAGUCACGAAUUGCGCCGCUUGCAGUGGUCGGCGAAGAUGUUGAUACUCGUGCAUCCACUUCUACUCCUCACUGUUGCAGCAUAGCUCACCAGUGACGGUUUUGCUUUUUCGUUUCCAUCUAUGUUGUAGUAUAGGUUUAUUUCUACUGUUUCAUUCAUGUACAAAGGUUUGAAGCGAAGACGCUGGUUGAACGGAAAAAAAGACCAGGAUGCUGAAAAAUGAAAAAUGUACAAGAGCUUGUUGAGCAGUAAUGCAAAUUUUGUACUAGUGGGUUGUACUUGCCGCAACUCAUCAGAU